AUGGUGCCAGGAGCCUCCACUAUCUCUGACAGCCUCCAUCCCUCAGAGAGGCUCAGCCAGACCUGUCAGCCUGCAGAAGGUGCAGAGCCCAGGGACAGGUCUCCCAGCUCCGUUGGACCCUUGGACUUCAACAACAUGGACACAUCCCUGAGCACUGACAUGGCCAGGGAAAGCCCACAGGUCCAAGUGGGAGCCCAGCCUGAUCCAGGGGAGCCGUCUCAGGAGCAGGUGGAGGAGCAGCAAGUGUCCUGGAGCCAGCAGCUGCCGGACCACAGCUCCCAGGUGACGGUGCUGGACGUGCCAGCUGGCAACAGCCCGUGCCUUGUGGAGGAAAAGAUUCCCGGGGGACCAGGGAGUUUCCUCUUUCUCCAGGAAGCUGCUCCCAUACAGCCACCAAAUACCAACAAGGCUUCCGUCAGAGCAAGGUGGCCGGCGCUGGCUGUGGCCGCUGCACAUGCGGACACUCGGGGGGUUCCUGGCAGCAUCAGGCCCUGUGAUGGAGGCAUUGUCUUCUCCUCACAGCCCGACGGCACCUGUGUUCCACUGGAGAUCGUGCUAAUGGAGAAGGUGGGCUUUGGCUGCCGCAGAAUCAUCCAGUUCCUCGACUGGCUCCAGCUGCCUGACAGCUUCGUGCUGGUGAUGGAGUGUCCAGAGCAAUCUCGGGAUCUCUUGCAUGUCCUGCAGGAGCAAGAGUUCCUGAGCGAGGAGGCGGCACGCUGGCUUUUCUGGCAGGUGCUGGAGGCCGUGUGGCACUGCACCGCCUGCAGUGUCCUGCACCGGGACAUCAAGCCAGAGAACCUCCUCAUCAACCCGGAGACUGGUGAGAUGAAGCUGAUGGACUUUGGUUGUGGCACCUUCCUCCAGGAGCGGGCCUGCACACAGUUUGCCGGUGAGCCCAGAGCGCGGGCCCUGCUCCCAGUGCCAGGCACCGCACGGCCCCAUUCCCUCCUGGGCCGGGGUGCAGCAUUCAGCCGGCUGUUGGAGAUGGUGUGCGGGUUCCUGCCCUUCGAGAACGAGCGUGACACCGUGUUGGGGCAGCUCUUCUUCCCGCAGGAGGUCUCUCCAGAGUGCCAACAUCUGAUCCGCUGCUGUUUGUCCAAGCACCCCAUGGACCGGCCGGUGCUGGAGCAGAUCUUCUACCACCCUUGGGUGCUGGGUGGGCAUUUCUGAUGCCUUGGCACAGCCUCUGCAGCACCCAGUUCCCGUGUCCCACGCAGGACUGAGGGCCCAGGAAAUAAAACAACCCAAAACCCACUGCGGGCCUGGAAGUUUUGUCCUGGUUAGCAACUUCAGCUAAGGGAACCUCUUAGCAAAAGGGGUAAUCAGAGCGUUCCCCUCAGCC